GAGAACUCUAACUCUAACUCUAGCCCUCGCCUCCUCCACCAGACAGCCAAUAGACUGAGAGAAACAGCAAGAACUCGCGCCGCCAUUGGCGGGCGCCCCGGUGGCCCGGCGUUCUUGCUAGGCAAGGUAAAGAUGGCGGCUCUGGACAGGGUCAAGGUGCUGGUGCUGGGCGACUCCGGUGUCGGAAAAUCGUCUCUCGUUCACCUCUUGUGCCACAACCAGGUGCUGGGAAACCCGUCCUGGACAGUGGGCUGCUCCGUGGAUGUGCGAAUCCAUGACUACAAAGAAGGAACUCCAGAAGAGAAGACCUAUUACAUUGAGCUGUGGGAUGUUGGAGGUUCUGUGGGCAGUGCCACCAGUGUGAAAAGCACACGAGCAGUGUUCUAUAAUUUGCUGAAUGGGAUAAUUUUAGUGCAUGACUUGACCAACAAGAAAUCAUCCCAGAAUUUGUAUCGCUGGUCUUUGGAAGCACUCAACAGAGAUGUUGCUCCAACAGGAGUUCUCGUGACAAAUGGUGACUAUGACCGUGAACAGUUUGGUGAUAACCAGAUCCCACUGCUGGUAAUAGGAACUAAACUGGAUCAGAUCCCAGAAACCAAGAGGAAUGAAGUUUUGACCAGAACAGCAUUCUUGGCUGAGGAUUUCAAUGCUGAAGAGAUAAAUUUGGACUGCACCAAUCCUCGUUACCUGGCUGCAGGUUCAUCCAAUGCUGUCAAACUAAGUAGAUUUUUUGAUAAGGUCAUAGAGAAGAGAUACUUCUUAAGAGAUGGCAAUCAGAUACCUGGCUUCUCUGAAAGGAAGAGGUUUGGAGGAGGAACACUGAAGAGCCUUCAUUAUGACUGAGCACUGAAGAAGUGGAAGACAAUUUCUCUGAGUUCCUAAUGCCUUCCCAUUCCAACUGGAUGCUCAGAGACAGUAAUGCUUCUGUCAAGCAGAGUAAAAUGAUAUUACAGGUGGCUAGCCUGCUGAACGUUCUGUUGUUGGAAAAGACUUUGGAAAGGUUUUCUAAAAACCUAAUCUGGAGCCUGGUGUACUUCUUAGGAUUGCAGACCAUCUGGAUCUAUGGGAACAUCUGGGGAAAGUGUGCAAUAAGUUGAAUACCUCUCACACCUGCUGUGGGAAGCUUCAUACACAGCUUGUAUAUGUGACAUCCUUGUGUCCAUUUGGAAAACUUAUGGACAGUCUUUGCAAUGAUUUGCAUUCACUUACCUCUGAAGGAAAGAUGACACUGAGUGGGCCUCUCAUGUGCAGUAAAGUAAGCAAAACAUAACGAUGGGUAAGGAAUGGUCUGGAAAAUAAUAGAAUGCCUUCAUUAAGUGGAGUGUUGUUUCACCUAGAGCACACUGUUCAUCCCUAUGCAAAAGGGAUAAAAGCAAUAGGCAAGAUAUGAAAAAAAGCCUUAAAAAGAAUACCAAUCAUAAGUAGAAAGCAACUGGUGUUAGUUCUGCUGCUUAAAUUAAAAUUGUUUACUUUGAAGAGGGCAAAUGUUUAUCUUUUCAUAAUUGAUUGUGGUCUUGUUUUUUAUAUUAAAUUAAAAGGCAAUUCAUUGAAAACUGAUAGAAAAAGUAUGUUUUUAUAGAGUGCUUAUUUGGAACAAAUAUGAAAUGGUCCUACUGCAUCUGAGGACUUAGUGGAUUUAGAAAACAUGAAACAUAAGAACAUCCUCUGCAUUAGAUUGGAUAGAAAUUUAGAAAGGAUUUAAAGCCAUGUAAAAGGUAGGAACUGAGCAUGAUUAGGAGGAGAGUUCUGUAAUAUAGAUGUUUCCUUUACAUAGUUAGCACUAAGGAUAAAGGAGACUUUAUCUGGUCUCAUGUCCUGUACAGCAUCUUGUUUUCCUAAAUAGCCCAAGCUUUGCACAGUUUCUCACUUGGCUAGAAAUCCAUGGAGUGGUAAAAGCCUGAUUUAUGGCAGUUUCUUCUUUCCACUCCUUCCUCACAGUCACCUCUAAUGGUUAAGCCUCUGGGAAAAAUAGAGAUUAAUAAUAAAUGGGGAUAAAAGAAAGUAAAAUGCCAGUGUGAAGUUGACAGGGAGCAGAGUUCUGCAGUCUCUGGGUUACCUCUGCCUGCAGCUGUUCUGGCAGCUGCUUGGAAAUAAAUAGAAACCUGCCUACUGCCACUAAUCAGGCACAAAAGUGACAGCUGGAUUCACUAGUCAAACUUAUUAAAAAUAUGGAUGAUUUGCUUUUUCUUAGGUCAUUUCCAGAAAGGUCUGGGAGCAGUUGUAAAUGUGAAUGCAGUGAGUUUUUAGAUGCUUGUGUGAAAUACGUUAUUAGUUUACAGUUAGUUUACAACCAGAAAAAGCAAGGUACCAAAAUAGUCAUAGUUAAGAACGCAUGUCUGAGCUGUGCAGCUCAUGACAGCACCAAUGUCUGUCUCUGAUCCUUUGACAGUGAAAGCUAGAAUUGUUUUCUCAAGGUCAGGUGCAGUCUUAGGGUAACCAGAUCUGGCUUCCCUCAGGUUCCUAAGGAAAUGCAGAGCAGAACAAGCAAGCUGUAGUGCUGUUUCCUCCUUCAUGCUGCAGCAUCUUUAGAGUGGCCAAACCCCUGGCUGCAGCUCACCUGUCUGCGUGUUUUAAAGUAGGCCUCUAGCCCAGAAUAAGUAUCUUGUUUGUUUAGAUCUCAACAGGUAACCACAAUUAGGUAUAUUUUUUCCUACUUAGGACAAGGUAAUGUGUAAUGGAGUUGUGCAUGUUGAUGAUGCUCCAUUUCUUUUUGCAGGAAGUUCCAGCUUAUUGUCAGUACCAGGAAUAUGUGAGCAGCUGGAAUUAAUUACAUUGCUUUUCCACUUUACCUGCUUCAGCUGCCCAAGAAGGGUUCACUUUCAAGCUUUGGGAUGUGACAUCAGACAACUUUUCUGUGUCACACUUGUUUUAUAUGUUUUACCUGUCUUUUCUCGGCACACACACAUCCCUUCCAUGCCCUGUGACCCUUCUGUCUGUCUUGCCUGUGUUUGCCUAUACCUCAUUCUCUGUUCCUCCAGCUCCCUUUCUCACAAUUACUAUCCCUGUUUCUCUCCCCAUUCACCCCAUCUGUCUGACCCCUCAGUGUCACAAGUCACAAAGACUCCUCUUUAUGCUUCCUGCUCUGCUCUCUAGUUUCCCCUUUUUUCUAAUAUUCCUCUCUAUUUCUCUCUGCCAUGCAUUGCCUCUCUUUCUGUACUACUCAAAUUCUGUUUCUCUGGUUUUCUUCAUCUCUGGUUCUGUCUGUCUCUGUUUACUAUUAAAUGCACACACAUUUCACAUCAAAACAUUGUUACCCAGUCCCUUUAAAUUCAAGCUACUCAAUGUCUCUGUGUUACUACCCAGGCAGAAAUAUGUGCCCGGGUUCUGUGUUCCAGAGGUGUCAGUGAAGUGUCUCUCAUCAUGCGAGAUGUGUUGGACCUCCCAUGCAUACACAGGUGAAAUGUACAGCAAAUAAACCAUGAGCCUUCCCUGUUCCCAAGGGGGCUUGGCAGAGCUUUCUGGUUAUCUAUGACCACUUUGAUGACUGGAGGGAUAGACAGAAUGAAUAUGAGUAUGUCCUUAACAUGGAAAAUUUAGGAAGGAUGCUACACGCUUUUUAAGCAUGUGAAACCUAUCCAGUAAUGGGUUUUUGGGUGCAACCUUAAUACAAAUUUUUGUUAUUGAUUAUAUUUGCAGAGGCAGCUGUAAUAUGCUCCAUUUGUCGCAAGUGAGAGAGGAACUGCUGUUGUAGCCUGCAGUCAGUAUCAGUCAGCUAUGGUGAAGUCAGGGUUUGGGUUCUCAUUUCUCAGUGGAUAACAACAUGACAGUUUUCACUGAUUGAAAACCGUUUCUGCUUUUCAGCAAAGAGCUUAAUUCUUCUAUCUCUUUUAUUAGUCAGCUCCUCUUGUUAGAAAUCAUGUUUCUGUCUCACUUUCCUUAGAAGGAUGCUGGUUACUUUGAUUGCUUUGUAAGUUUGAGCAAGUGUGUGGCUUAGUUCACUAGUUUGCUUCAACAAAAAGCUAUUAUCAUUAUUGAUGAACCUGUCACUGGCUGGCAAGUUACCAGGAAGUGCAGAGAGGUUGAGGUAGAGCUUUCCUUAGGGUGUGCUUUGCUGCAGCACUCUGUUAGGUCCUCAGACACACAGGGAUUUUAGGAAAAAAACAUCACAUAGUUAUCAUGUGGAAGAGGGGAAGAAAAAUAAAAUCAGUUCCAAUCUUAAAUUUCAAGUAUCAAUGGCAAAGCUCUCUCACUUUGUGAAGGCCUAUGAGAUGUAGCCAAAAGUAUUAUUCUUAGUGUUUAUUAUCCACUUGUGCUACUGUUUUUAUUCUGACACCUGAUCAGCAACUGCAGAAAAUAUAUUUCUUUAUGGUACAUGAGUACACAAAGGAGAAACUACUAAGAGUCUCUGUCACUAACAGUAGCCAUGUGAGCAGCAUAAGCAAUUUCGAAUUGUGCUGGCAAAGCUGCAAUGAACAGCAAUACUCAGGACCUGGCUCUAAACAUAUCUUGAAAUGAGAUGUAGCUCUCUAACAGUAAGAGUGAUGAUGCCUGAAACAGUUAAUGGGAAAAGGAAAGGCAUGCUUUAGCACAGCUUUGAGGUCAAGUCCCCAGCGUACUUUUAAGGAAGGUGAUUUAGAUGUUCAGAGCUCUCUGUAGCAGCAAAGAGACUGUGAAAUCUAACUUCGGCAGCUCAGCUGCUUAGCCAACACCUGCUGCAAAUACCAUUAAAUACAAAAAUGUGUUUUCUUUUUUCCUGCUUUGGCAGGAAAACAUUGUAUUGCAAAGGUACAGCUUGUUGUGCCCCUUGGCCUUAUCAGUGCACAGAAAUGCUGAUUCCAUAUCUACUGAAAUUGGACAGGGAAGUUUAUUCUCGGUCUACCACCAUAGACUUCUCCCAAAAAAUGUUGUACAAAGACAAACGCAUAAAUAAAAGCACAUGCUCUUUCUUGACUA